AUUGAUACAUUUCUGAUUUUAUCACUAAUUCUAAUGCGACUGAUCUGUUUACGAUAAAAAACUGAACUUUUUCAGCAAAAAUGUCACGUGUGAUUUACUAUGGAUUUAUUUUUGGAGCUCAUAGUACUUGUAAGAUACUGAGUCCUGUAACCGCCACAGCUUUGCUAUGAGGAUUUGACUGUGUUCAGUGACGAGAACAUUAAUUGGUUAACCUGGGUUUAUUCUGCUGUUGUUGGAAUAACUGUCUCUUCUGUCUAGAGAAGGCUUUUCACUAGAUUUUGAAGCCCUGCUGUGAGGAUUUGAUUGCAUUCAUUGGCAAAAGCUUUAAUGAAACAGAGUGUUGGAAGAUUAUCAUUCCACUAUACUUUAUAAUAAUAAUUGCAGAGAGUACAGUUCCAGUGCUCCACAGCUUAAUGUUUGCUGGGCUGGAAUGCUUUAUACCUCUCUAGCCCAUUAGGCUAUAGCUUGUCAUUAGACAUGUUGUAUGUUAGCCAGUAGUUUCAUGUUUAUCUGGUCCAGAGAGUAUUAUUCCGCAUCUCUACAUGAACGAGACAAGCUGUGUGUCGACCAUGGGUGCAGCUUAAAAUAGCUGAAGAGCUGCAUUCAUUACAAGGAGUGAACACAAACAUUUGGACAUUUGUAGAGAGUAUUUAACCUAACUGUACUUUGGCUGGUCAUUUUUACUGCAUGAUUUGGUUUACAACCUGUUUUUUAGCAGCCCAUAAAUAAAAUACUUUGCAAUCUGCUAUAAUUAAUGCUGGACCGUAAAUACACGAAUACAAAUGGACUCUGGCUCUGGUUGACUACAGGUGCUUUGAACACAUUGGCCCUUUUUUAUAGCUUCCAUAUUCCACUAUUGCAAGCAUUGCACCAUUUCUGUUGGGACUGUGGCUGCUGGUUUGCCUUGGCCUUGAGUCUCCUGUGACAGCCCUGCCCAUCUCCGUCAGGCUCAGUGGAGAUAAAGACCUCUCUGCUGUAGAUGAGGGGAGAUUUAGGCUAGCUCACACUCUUGGUACUGCAUGCUGCUGUUGUGGCUAACAGCCCCCUGGCUGCUCAGACAUGGUGUUCCCCUUGGCCUCCUCGUGCCUUGCCUAUUGUACUUGUGCUGGCAACAAAAUGGCUACUGGCUUUCACUGGUUGCCCUCCUUUAAGAAGAAGGAAACGUUUAAAAUUUGAACUGACUGAGCAUGCUCCGUUUGAGCUUCAGGAGGGCCGACCAACAGAGGGAGCUGCUAGGUCACGUGACCAGCAAGCCGGGUGAAUGUCUGCAUGCAGGAGGAGGAGGAAAAAGAAGAACAAUCUGUUCGAGGCUCUCUCGUUCUCCCUCAGUGGAGGCCAUCGUGGAAAUGCAGCCUGCCGGAUUGGCCAGGGGGGUUGUUGGGAAGCGAGAAUCCAUAAAGACUGAGGGCAUGAAGGACUCUCACAGUGAGUCAGAAGAAGGCGCGGACGAGGAUCGCUCGAAUAGGAAAACGGAAGCUUCCAAAGCGGACGUGGAGUUGAAUGGGACCUAUGAGAGCACAGAAGCAGGGAAAGCUCAGCAGCACGUUUCUGUUCAGGGGUCACCCCCCCAGCCCAUGGAGAAUGGACUAUCAGACACUGAUCCUCCUCACGGCUCCACUGUGGGCAGUAAUGGAUAUAUCCUCAGUAAGCGCCAGGAGGACCAGGUGCCGGCUGCCCAACACAGGACUAGCUGGUCCCCCGUGGGGACUUCAGCCAUAGGGCAUGCCGCUAAAACUCUCCCUCCUGCGGUUAAGUCGCAACCCCAGGGGCAGGAUGCUCUAAGGACUGUUGAGAGCAAAGUGCCCAGCCAGGCAGAGGGGUCCUCAGAAAAAGAGACUAAAAAUGGCACCACAUCGAUCACCUCGCCACCUGUAACGAUACACAGGGCACGCAAAACCAUGUCCAGGCCAGCCUCGAGUCAGUCAUUAAAGUUUUUACACAGGGAAACAAAAGAGCCAAAAGUGGUGAAAGAUAAUGGCCCGAGUGGGGCGGAUCCUGGGCUGCCUCCUCAGGCUUCUGAGCCGCCUCCAACUCCUCAGAUUCCUUCAACUCCUCCCACUCAGAAACAGCUACCUCAGAGCCAAACCGAUGCCACACCGGCAGUGUUCAACGCACCGACAGUGACCACCACACAGGCAGCGCUCGCUGCAACGGCAGUGAUCUCCCCACCAGCCAAGCCACACACAGCAUCCGUGUUGAGGAAGAAGAAGAGGAAGAAGUUGGGAACGUACAGUCUCAUUCCCAAGAAGAAAACCAAAGUCCUGAAGCAGCGCACAGUUCUGGAAAUGUUCCAGAACAUCUCAAAAUCUCCACCCAGUCCCAAGCUGCCAAAAGAGGCUGCCCAGGUGAAUGGGGAGCGGGUGGAGAACGAGUCUGAGGACGAGGAGUCGGAAGAGGAUUCUGAGGAUGAAGAAGAUCAGGCUGGAGAACAAGGGGGAACAGCACCUAAGGAGGAUAACAGACUACAUUCAGCCUCGCAGCCUGGAGUGGAGCACGAGUCUGAAGAAUCUGCAGAAGAGGAAGGUGAAGAGGAGGGAACUGAAUCAGACUUGAGUUUAGAGUCCAGCUUGAAGAAGAAGUUGAAAAAGAAGGCCAGGGGAGACAACGCAUGGCUCCGGCCGGCCAGGAAACGCAAGAAGAAGUUGAAGUCAGCGUCAGAGGGAAAUUCUGGUAUGGAUGUUCAACCUCAAUCAGAGACUCUCAGUGCAGCCCAAGUCCCUGUCCCUGCUGAAGGCAAAGAGUACACAGAAGUUCCAUUAGAUACACUCGACCUGAAAGCCCAGGACGCUGUGCUGAGUUCUCCGAGCACAGGAGUGUCGAGCACAGCAGAGAGCGCUGCUACAGACAUGGUGCAGGAGCUUCCCCUCUGCAGCUGCCGCAUGGAGACACCCAAGAGCAGAGAGAUCCUUACCCUGGCUGACAGGAAGUGCAUGGCCACAGAAAGUGUGGAUGGACAGCUGAGCCGGUGUCAGAGCGCAGUGCUGAAACACGAGAUGAUGAGGCCGUCCAACUUAGUGCAGCUGCUGGUGCUGUGUGAAGAUCAUCGAACAGGAAUGAUCAAACAUCAGUGUUGCCCAGGCUGUGGCUACUUCUGCAGGGCGGGAACCUUCAUGGAGUGCCAGCCGGAGGUUAACAUCUCACACAGGUUUCAUCGGUCCUGUGCUUCAGUGCUGAAGGGUCAGAGCUUCUGUCCACACUGUGGAGAGGAGGUCAGCAAAGCCAAGGAGGUCACUAUUGCCAAGGCUGACACCACCUCCACCGUGCCCCCGAGCCAGGGCCCUAGUACCCCUGGCACCCUGGAAGGCAAAGCAGACACCACCACUGGAGGGCCAUCUCGCCUGUCGAUGCCUGGUGAGAACAGAGCAGACAGCACCUUACCCAAAACUCCAGAAGCUGUGGAGGUGUCUCCUACCCCAGGGACUAGCAGGUUGAGUACCGCAGUGGGGGCUGGACCCCCAGCAGGACCCCCUAAAGAAACGCUAGAAACGGUUCUACUUGCACUGGAUGCAGAGAAACCCAAGAAGCUCCGCUUUCAUCCCAAACAGCUGUACAUCUCUGCCAAACAGGGGGAGCUACAGAAAGUCUUACUAAUGCUGGUGGACGGAAUCGACCCCAACUUUAAGAUGGAGAACCAGAGCAAGCGGACACCCCUCCAUGUGGCGGCUGAGGCUGGACACCAGGAGGUCUGCCACAUGUUGGUCCAGGCUGGUGCUAACUUGGACAUGUGUGAUGAGGACCAGCGCACACCUCUGAUGGAAGCCUGUGAGAACAACCAUCUGGACACAGUGAACUACCUACUGAGAGCUGGAGCCAUCGUCUCCCACAAGGAUGCUGAAGGUUCGACGUGUCUCCACCUUGCUGCUAAGAUUGGACAUUAUACUAUCGUGGAACACUUACUGUCUGCAGGCCUUGUAGACAUUAACUGUCAGGAUGACGGUGGCUGGACGGCAAUGAUCUGGGCUACAGAGUAUAAACACAUAGACAUAGUGAAGCUGCUGCUGUCUAAAGGUGCUGAUCCCAACAUCAGAGACAAGGAGGAGAACAUCUGUUUGCACUGGGCGGCGUUUUCUGGCUCUGUAGAGAUAGCUCAGAUUCUGCUGGAUGCCAGGUGUGACCUCAACACAGUAAACGUCCACGGAGACUCUCCACUGCACAUCGCUUCACGAGAGAAUCGACUGGAGUGUGCUACGUUGUUUCUGCCUCUGGGAGCUAAUGUGAACCUGAAGAACAGGGAGGGAGACUCACCAAUGGAGUGUUGCAGCCAGAACUCCAAACUGUGGAACGCUCUGCAGGCAAACAGGAAGCAGAGAGAGGCCAGCCGAGACCAGAGCUCUUCAAACCAGAAGCUGCUCAACAGGGACAUUGCACGCGGUUAUGAGAGAGUACCUGUCCCGUGUGUAAACAUCGUAGACAGCGAGCCCUGUCCUGAUGACUACAAAUACGUCCCUGAUAACUGCGUCACCUCCCCCAUGAACAUCGACAAAAACAUCACUCACUUACAGUACUGUGUUUGUAAAGACGACUGCUCCUCGGCCAGCUGCAUGUGCGGUCAGCUCAGUCUGCGCUGCUGGUAUGAUCAGGAAAGUCGUCUGCUGCCGGAGUUCUGUUGCGAAGAACCACCUCUAAUAUUUGAGUGCAACCAUGCCUGUUCCUGCUGGAGAACCUGCAAAAACCGUGUUGUGCAGAACGGACUACGGAUUCGACUGCAGCUGUUCAGGACUCAGAAGAAGGGCUGGGGUGUUCGGACAUUACAGGAUAUUCCCCAAGGAACCUUUGUCUGCGAAUAUGUGGGUGAGAUCAUCUCGGACGCCGAGGCAGAUGUCAGGGAGAAUGAUUCCUACCUUUUCAGCCUGGACAGCAAGGUUGGUGAUAUGUACUGUAUUGACGCUCGAUUCUACGGCAACAUCAGUCGGUUCAUAAACCACCACUGUGAGCCGAACCUGUUCCCCUGCCGAGUGUUCACCUCUCAUCAGGACCUGCGCUUCCCUCACAUCGCCUUUUUUGCCAGCAAGAGCAUCAGCUCUGGAGAUGAGCUAGGGUUUGAUUAUGGUGACCACUUCUGGGACGUAAAAGGGAAGCUGUUCAGCUGCCAGUGCGGCUCGUCUCAGUGCAAACACUCUGCGGCGGCCAUCGCCCAGAGGCAGGCGGACAGCACACCGGGGGAGCAGCAGCCCAGCGCUCUGCCAGAUACGAGCUCGUCCACCACGCCACCCAGCCCCAGCUGAGCCCCACUCAACCCUUCCCAUCAUCCUCCAUCUACUUACUGGCUGCCCUGCUCCCUUCCCUCUACCAGCCUACUGUACCGCCAUCACCAGCACAGACACACAGACUCAGCAGGGCCUGUACUGUAGAGAGGCCGGCCUGGAUCACUUUCACCCGGGUCACUUUGACCACAGCAGCGUGUUCUGACCGGCGGAUGCCUGUGUGUGCACUAUUGGUAGAGGAGGAGGAGCAGCAGCAGAUCAGCAUAGACAGACUUGUAAUGGCUUGUAAGCAUUUAAUUCUCAUUCUUGUUCAGGAUGGAAUUCCCUGCUUUCCCUGCUCCCUGUUGUGACGGUUCUCUCAGUUACUGUAGAGUAUCUCAAAUCCCGAAAUCUCUGAUUUUUCGAUAUCGGAUCAGAUCGGACAAUAAACUUAAGCUGAGUCUGCAGUCCUGCAGGAUUAUGCAUCCCUCCGUAUCCACUCCAAGCUCACUACACUCAUGUCACUUUUUAACGUUACCUUCUCUUUCCAGCAGCCCACAUGUCCACGCACAAUUCAAACAUCUCCCAUCACGCGUUUAACCUCACGUUGACGACCGUUUUCAAAGAUUUGCCUUUUGAAAGAUCUUUGUUCACUCACAGCGAGCCUGAUUUUCUCACAGACAUUUCUCAGGCAUUUGUGACGAAGCAAACUUUUCAAAUUCCAAAUAAAAUUGUUAGCAGAAUAUUUUGAAAAUAAUAUUUUUUUUUUUAACCCAGGCAAUUGCUUUUUUUUUUUUCUUUUUUUUUAUUGGCAUCAAGGUGUGCGGUCUCUUAUUAUGACCACCUUGGAAGGGCCUUUAUGUUCUACUUGUUCUACCCAUCAGAGUCUUACCGCUCCCAGAGUGGACCACACACACACACACACACGAAAAAAAAAAAUCUUCAUAAUUACUGUUGGCUCAUUGAUAAACAAUUGUGAGCAUCUGUUCAUAUAGUGAAAUUUUGAUAGCUGCUGGGCAUUAGUUUAUCUGCAGAUGCUCUUCGUUGGUCGGUUACCAUCUGCCAGGUGUCAUCUCCUAACUCUAUCAACAGAUAAUGACUAUGGGAGGGGUGGCCUGCCGUUUUUGAGUUCUCUCCUGCAUGUUAAUGGCGGAUUUUGACCAGUCUGACUAACCUGAAAUGCAUUUUGUCAUAAAUAUUGUGAAUUUGUAAAGAUUUUUUUUUUGUUAUUUUCAUUCUGCUGGUGUCAUGACAGGAGCUCAUGCCGCACAUCAACCGAACCUUGACUGUCUCUAUACUGUCCUCUAUGAGUGGACGACUGUAAACACGUUAACAUAUUAGUGGUUUCCACAGCUUUUCCUUUCCAUCAUGAAAUGUUGCCAUGUUGAAUGUUCUUUGACCCUGUUUACACCUGGUCACUUUAUCUGAAUUGGGAAUAAGGAUUAAAUCUGGAUAAGGAUGAGCCACAUAAUGCAAAUGCGAGUGUGAACACACCUAAGAUGCAUUUAAAACAAUCUGAGACUAAUCUGAUCACUUAACACAGUUUAGGAGGUGCUCUGAGACAAAUCUGAUUACACUUACCAAUUCUUAAGGAGGUGGUCUGAGAUCCAUUUAAAACAAAUACAAAUCUGAUCACCUAACACAGUUUAGGAGGUUGUCUAAUACACAUUUAAAACAGAUACAAAUCUGAUUACUCACACUAAUUCUUUAGGAAGUGGUCUGAGACGUAUUUGAAACAUUCAGAUUUAAACACUCUUAAAUCAAUUUAGAAGGUAGUCUGAAAUGCUAUUAAAACAGAUACAAUCCGAUCACUUAACCCAAUUCAAGAGGUAAUCUAAGAUGCAUUCAAAACAUUCAAAUCGAUCACUCAGAUCAACUUAGAAGGUGGUCUGAGACGCUAUUAAAACUGAUACAAUCCGAUCACUCAAACCACUUCUGGAUAUGGUCUGAGACGCAUGUAAAACAGAUACAGUCUGAUCACUUGACACAACUUAAGAGGGAGCCGGAGACGCAUUUAAAACAAAAAAAAAAUACAUUUGGUUUCUCAAAUUACUUCAGGAGAUCAUCUGAGAUGCAUUUAAAACAAAUUUAAAUCAGUCACUCAGACCAGCAUAGAAGGUGGUCUGAGACGCAUUUAAAACAGAAACAAAUUUGAGAACUCAAACCCCUUCUGGAGGUGAUCUGAGACACAUUUAAACCAAAUACAAUUCUGAUCAAUUAAUACAGUUUAGAAGGUGGCCUGUGAUGCAUUUAAAACAUAUUCAGACCCCUUCUGGAGGUGGUCUGAGACGCAGGUAAAACAGAAACAAAUCCGAUUACUCAAACCCCUUCUGAAGGUGGUCUGAGACACAUUUAAAUACAAAUCUGAUCACUCAAACCACAUCAGGAGGUGGUCUGAGAUGCAUGUAAAAGAAAUACAAAUCCAAUCGCUUAACAAAAUUUAUGAAGUGAUCUGAGACACAUUUACAAAAGAUACAAAUCCGAUCAAAAUCCGAUCACUCAGACAUUAGGAGGUGGGAAAAUCUUAUCAGGAUAUAAUCCAGAAACUCAUCACUUACAGUGACCAUGUGUAAACGUUUCUCCUUUACAGUGGCUAGAUAUUCAGUGUGCUCAGAAGUUACAGAAGUUUUGCCUGAAGAGUUUGUGUUUGGACAACAGGAAAUUGCAAAUGGUGCUGAAAAAAAGGUUCUGUUUUACGUUUUUAUUUUUCUAUUAUUCAUUAUGAGAAUACAAGUUGUAAAAUAUGGACAAAGAAGCAAGAGUUGCUUUUUUCUUUUCUUCAUUUCUACACUUUAAAUUUACCUCUGCUUUUUCUAACUAGUUGACAUCAUUAGCCUGUAUCAACUUUGUUCCAUGAGUUAAUGUUGAUGAAGCUAUUAUUGUCUUUUUAAAUGUUGAUAGUAUAGUCAUGUCCUUUGAGCUGAUUCUGACACGUAGAUCCAAAACACUGCGAAGUGAAAGAAAAAAAAAAAAAGAACUGUUACAUACUUCUCAAAAGUGAGACCGGAUGCUUUUGUGCAUCAAACUGGUUGGGAUUUUUUUUUCUUCAUAUUUUUUUUUUUCUUCAAUAAAUUUCCUUCUAAUAAAAGAUGACACCCUCUUUUUAUGAAA